AUGCUUCAUGCUGAAAGUACAGUAAGGCUCUUGGAGUGUCAGGAUGAAAACACAAUUGAACCGUGUUCUAAAAAAAUGAAGUCAACAGAAGGGGCUUAUGAGAAACUUUCUGAUGAUGAUAACCAAGGUAUUCAAGAGGAGAUGGACGCUGAGAGAACAUCAAAUGAUUUAAUAUCUGUGCAUGCCUCAGAUAACCAAGGGCGAUAUGAAAUGGAGAAGCAAGAGAAAAUACCUACUCGUGUCCUGGGAACACUGAAUGAAGUUCUCCCUGAAUAUAAUCUAGCACUUACUCAGCCAGUGGAUUCAGAAACUGUGCAAAAUGUAAAUCUUCCAUGUGCAUCAAUGAAUGACGCUAAAGUUGAAGAAAACAAAGGCCUUUUUAUAACAAGUAGUGCUGGUGAAGAUAGUAUUGUAAACAGCAGUACAACAUUCUCAGUAAAUAGAAAUGCAUCAGAUGAAGAGUUUUUUACAAGCAAAGAAUUUAUCGGACCGAUUUACAAACCUGUGGAAAGUAACCAACAGGACAGAUCUGGUGGUUGCAAUGAACGUAGAAGCAGUGAGGGAGAUCAGAAUGAAUUGCAUGAAAACAGAGCUAAAAGAAAGGAGGCAAAGAACAUGCAGACUAUUUCUUCUGUUGUAUCAGAAAUAGAUGAUGAACUGGACCAGUUCUAUAAAGAAAUUCACCAGCUGGAAAGUGAAAAUUUAGAUGCUAAUUUGCAGGAAAAAGAAACUGAAACUUCUCAGGAGCAAUACUCUCCAUAUAACUGUAGUCAAACCUCGCAAGAGGAUUAUCAACGUGUACUGUUGGGCAGCCCACAACCAUUUUAUGAGAAUGAACAGUGUUUCUUUGGGGAACAGAACAGUCAGAAAACAAGCAAUGAGCAGGUUGUCACAGAAACAAGUGGCUGGAAAACUGAAAAUACCUUUAAUGGACAAGUAGAUUCUAAAUAUUGGAACUAUUCAGUGCCUGAAUUCAGACCUGCUUGGCAGUCAACAGAGUCAUUCAUAGUACCUCAGGGACCUUUUCCUCCUAGAGUCAACCAUCCGUCGCAUUUUCAGAUACUUAAUUCUCCACCACAAAAAACAAACCCCCUUGCUUCUCAGAAUGGUGAACUUCCUUACAAAAAUUAUCAUGGUUACCAGGGAAAUACUGAUAUCAACAGUCAUGGUCCAUUGCUUGAUCAAAGUACCAACUAUGCUGGUCCCAUUGAUAUCCAUACUACUCAGGUCUUCAGAAAUGGAAAUAAUGACCAGAAUGGACUCCAAAUUAAUGGUUUCUGUGAAACCAGGGAAGAGUGUUGGAAGGAUCCAAAAACUGACAAUACAGAAGGAUUGCACAGCUUUUCUUCCUUGCAGUUACCUGAAGAAAGAUUUGGUUGUUCACAGAAGUUGCUCGUAAUCUUAAGAGGCCUACCUGGUUCAGGGAAAUCAACACUUUCUCGGUAA